AUGGUCGCGCAAGCCGUCCUCGAUGAAUGCCGCCUACGACAAGAGGACGAGAUCGUGGCACUCGAGUCCAUCUUUGCGGCUCCAGACGUUGGCGGCGCUGAUCUGCAGACGCAACCGAGGCCUUCUGAAGCUAGAGUGAACCUGAUACAGAGGGAGCCAGAGCCAGUGCUCGAAUUCUGUGUCCCCGUCACGUUGCCUAGGCCGACGCGGAUCACAGUCGAUACAUAUGCCUACGGUCUCAAUAGCACCUCAGCACACGUGUCCGGCACGAAUCACACUCUAAAAGUCUCAGAAUCACCAGUAUCGCAGCAACAAUCAGGCCAGCCUUCUCAAAAGAGUAACAGGCGUCGAUCCGCGAGAAAUGGCGAGUGCAACGGUGAACGCAAGUCUGGUCACCUCAAUGCAGCUGCCCGAGCCUUCCGACCCGGCAAGCCUGCUGCCUGCAGAACUGAACGCGACUCACAGCACAGGUCAUCGUCUGGUCCAUCAAAUAGAGCCGAUUCCACAGUAACAAGCUUGCCGGAUGCUUUGCAAAGUGUCAGGCUUGGCUCUGCAGAUGGCCGCGAGAAUAAUGCUCAGAAUGAGACGAUGUCUCCCUCUCACCUGACACCUCCACGGCCGCAAGGCACCAGGCAGAUCCCACCUCUAGCUCAUCUCGCGCCUCUGGUGCUGCGGGUCCGUCUUCCGCCGACUUAUCCUGCCGAACAAGCACCCAUUGUCGAAAGCCUGUCAGCGCCGUGGCUACCAACUAUUUCAGCCUCCGGAAACCAGUCCCACUUCUGGAUUCUGCAAAAGCUCGAGGAUCAGUAUCGCGAGCUGACUGGUCUGGAAGUGCUCUACAUCUGGGCCACCUACCUGUCAGAAAGCAUGUGGAUCUCCCUCCUCGAAGAACAGCCAUCUGUCGACGAUGCUCCACCGUUCCUCCAACAUCCAGACGCAGCCUCCGAGUCGAAGGAAGCGAGUUUGCGCUUUGAAGAGCAUCUCUCUUCACCAGAAGCCCAACCACUGCUGGCAGCUCAGCUCUUGGCACAUUCACGACUCUGCAGUCGUACUACUUUUGACGCCUCAUCGUUCGACUGCGCCAUCUGUCUCGAGACGCGCAAAGGCAGAGCAUGCACCAGGCUCACCGGUUGUGGCCACGUCUUUUGCUCAGAGUGCCUCUCUGGCUACCUCUCUAGCUUGGUCGACGACGGUUUCCAUCGUCAAGCAAAGCGAUGUCCCGACCCAGAAUGCGUCACUCUGUGGAGCGAGAGGGAGAAGCAGAAUCUGGUCGACCAAGAAGGCAACCUCAUCCCUUCGUUGACCAAGACACAGCGGCGUAAUGCCAAGUCUUCCGAUUCUCAGGACUGCAAUGCGGCAGUCGACGAGCAAGACAAACCAGUUGUUGGUCUAGUGACACGAUCGGAACUCGAUUCGAUCUUGGGGGCGUCUCUCCUGGCCCGGCUCGACCAGCUCACGGUGAAAGCCAAGAUCGAGGCGGAUCCGUCAGUCUCAUACUGUCCUCGUUCAGGAUGUCAAGCGCCCGUAGUGCGUCUCUCGUCUGACGAGAACUCGGGCCACUGGGAACGCUUCCGCGAGUGUCUUUCGUGCGGAUUCGCGUUCUGUGCCUGGUGUUCGCGGUCCUGGCACGGUCCCACCUCGUGCCCCGUCUCGUUCCAAUCCGAGCUGAUCCGACGCUACCUCUCGCUCUCGCCCUUGUCACCGGAUCGCGCGCUGAUGGAGCAAAAGUUUGGCCGCAAGACGCUCGAAACCAUGGUGCGCAAGUACGAAGAAGAGCAGCAGACCCAGCAGUGGUUGUCCGACUACACGACGCCCUGUCCCACCUGCGGCAUCGCCAUCGAGAAGUCGUACGGCUGCAACCACAUGACGUGCAAAUCGUGCCAGACCCACUACUGUUACCUAUGCGGCAAGCCUAUCUCGUCGCAGAAUCCGUACCAGCAUUUCAAUGUGCCUGGCUACGAGUGCUAUCAUCGUCUGUUUGAUGGCUUGCUCGGUGACCAGGCGCCUCAGCAGCAACAGCAACAGCAUCAGCAUCAGCACGGAGAACCAGGCGCAAACGGAAUCUGGAACGGAAACGGAAACGGAUUCGCCGAUGCAAGGCCUGGAUUCGCUUUGUUGCUCGACGAGAAUGGGAUUCCACUGCACUUGGAACCCGAAGACCAGGAGAUGGAUUUUUUGGCCUGGCAGCAGCUCGGAUAA